GAAACGUCAAAUUGUUCAGUCAAGCUGUAAACAAAAGUGAGGUAGUGGGUGUGAAUGAAAUAAGUAAAAGUACUACAUUGUGAAUUUCUAAUUUAUAUCAAAUGCAUUUUCUAGUUUGUUCCUGAUUUGUCCCAUACCAUUACUUGGAUUUCAUGAUGACUGAUUUAUCGGAUGCUUUUGAGGCGUUGACUCUAGCUGUCCGUUUCGAUCAGAUGAAGGAUACGGACAAAGCAGUGCUAUGUUACAGAAAAGCCGCCAGGUUUUUAGAUAGAGGUCUUUCACAGAAUGUUGUGCCUACUGAACAAAUACUCACAUAUCGGAAUAAAGUCAAAGAGUGCCUUGAAAGAGCCACGGACCUCGAAGCUCAGAAAGACAAAAACCAGCAAGCUGAGAGUGAGAGGGUGCUGCAGGAGUUUCACUUUUUGAUGCAACAGGCGCUGGGCGCUGAUGAGGCGGGACACAAGGAUGUCGCACUAAACUUGUACAUGCAGGCUGUGGAACUUGCUGUCAAAUUAAAAGAUGAUUCAGACAAAACAGGAAAUUGCAAAUCACUUGCGAAAAAGGCUUUAGAUCGGGCAGAGGAGUUAAAAGGAAUUAAAUUUAGUAACUUAUCAUUGAAUGAACCACAUACAUCUGCUGUGACCCCAAACAAAGCGGUUUUGCAGCGAGAACAAAGUGUCAAUCUAAAAGUGGCGGGGAAACACGCGUAUACAGAUGAGGAGAAAGAAGUUCUGAAGAUAACUUCUCAUAUAAAUAAUAAUACAUUCUAUCCGUUCAUGGAUGCGGAUUUAUCUGAGAGGUUCCAGUACACCAUACCGUUUGAAGACAAAGCCAGCGAACUGAAGUUGUCGCAGAAGCAACGGAAGGAGUUUGAUUGCUGGGUCCGUCCACACGAGAUUUGCACAGAUCCAAAAUUGAUUGUCAACGAGAGCGUAGACUGCUUCAGUAUUAAACAGACUAUAGUAUCAGAUUGUUCAUUCGUGGCAUCUCUGGCCGUCAGUGCCUUGUACGAGAGGAGGUUUCCUGACCGCAAAAAGAUCAUUACCAACAUUAUCUAUCCCAGGAAUAAACAUAAUCAGCCCGUGUACAAUCCGUUUGGGAAAUAUAUGGUCAAGUUGCAUAUUAACGGCGUGAGGAGACGGGUAAUAAUAGACGACCGGCUACCUUUCAGCCGAUACGGCCGUUUGCUGUGUUCAUACUCUAGUAACAAGAACGAAUUUUGGGUUUCUAUACUGGAGAAAGCGUAUAUGAAGGUCAUGGGUGGCUAUGAUUUCCCUGGCUCCAACAGUAAUAUAGAUCUGCACGCGCUAACAGGUUGGAUCCCGGAGCGCUGCGCGAUACGUCCGAACGAGGCGAACUUCAACGCUGACGCACUCUACGAGAAAAUCCGCAGACACCUGGCUGAAGGCGACGUGCUGGCGACAGUCGCCACCGGACCGCUGUCGGAUGCGGACGCGGACCGGACCGGAUUGGUCGCCACACACGCUUACGCUGUACUAGACGUUAGACUUGCGAAUGGCGUGAAACUCCUAAAACUAAAGAACCCCUGGUCCCACCUGCGUUGGCGCGGGAACUAUUCCGAAUUAGACAGUGCUAAUUGGACGCCAAAUUUACGUGCCCUUCUAAACUAUGACCCUGACAGCGCGGCUCAGUAUGACAACGGUGUCUUUUGGAUUGAUUACGCUAGCAUAUUGAACUUUUUCGAUGUUUUCUAUUUGAAUUGGAAGCCGGACUUGUUUAAACAGACAUUUUGUACGCACCAGAAAUGGGACGCCGGCAGUGGGCCCGUCAAAGACAUCUACACAGUUGGUGAAAAUCCACAAUUUUCUUUACACGUGCAAGGCAAAGGCGCUGUGUGGUUGUUGCUGACGAGGCACAUCACGCAAAUAGACGAUUUCAGGGACAAUAAGGAAUAUAUCACGUUGUUGGUUUAUAAGAACAAUGGGCGGAGAGUAUAUUAUAGACAGGAGCCCCCGCCAUACAUCGACGGUAUUCCCAUCAACAGUCCCCACUAUCUCUGCAAGAUAAUAGUGGGAGAUAACAGUCCAAACAGAUACACACUCGUAGUGUCACAGUAUGAGAAGUCUCGCACGAUAUUGUACACUCUACGUGCGUACGCGACCUGCCCCUUCGCUCUAAAUAAACUGGAGACUUACCCUUAUACCACGAAUAUCCAAGGCGAAUGGUCGGGCCGCCACGCUGGCGGGUGCGAGAACCACCGGCAGACGUACCCCAACAACCCCAAAUUCACGAUAACCACACCUGAAUCCACCGCUAUGGUGGUGGAACUGAGAGGGCCGAAACAGUAUAACAUAGGCAUCGAUGUGACUGUCGAAGCGUUAGACGAUCCUAACGUUACUGCUCCGUUUUUAAAGGAGUCUUCCGGGGCUUACAGGUCUGGCUACGCAGUUCUCGACCUGCCCAGCCUCCCAGCCGGUAGGUACAUUCUGACCGUGUCCACAUUCUACCCGGGUCAAGAGGGUCCCUUCAUCAUACAAAUACGGACUACUAACAGGAUUACAUACACGGCGCGCAACUAGAGGGCGAGGCGUGCGAGAGUUGAAGC